GGUAGACGGAAAAUAUCGGUAUACGAUGUUAUCACUCAUAAUGGAGGAUCGAAUGGUUCGUGGAUGGUUAUUGAUGACUGUGUCUACGAUGUCGGCCAAUAUAUCGAUCUUCAUCCAGGGGGCAAUGAAAUAAUAGAAUCGGUAUUAGGAACCGAUGCAACGGCGUUAUUUAAUCUAUUUCCGACUUUACAUGGAAAAAUGGCACGAUCAAUCUUACAGUUAUACUAUAUUGGUGAUGUUGAG